UGGGGAACUUGGGGGCCACGUGACUCGUCCAGGCCAUUAAGCCCAGCAGAACAAGGGUUAGUUUAGUCUUGACCUUCAGGCCUGUUCUCAGUCCCUGGCUAUGUUACAGGACGAACAAAAACUGCUGGUCUUUGGGAGCUUGGGGCUGGGAGGGCUCCUUCUCCUGCUUGUCACCAUCCUGUCCGUCUGCCUGUGCCGGAUCCAUCAGAGAGUUAAGAGACUGGAAAGGAAUAAGGCCCAGUACCUAGGGCAGGAGCUCCACUACGCGUCUCUGCAGAAGCUGCCAGUGUCCAGCAGUAAUGGCACCGAGAGAGAGGAAGGAGAAGGCGGGAAGGAGGACCCCAGCAAUGACUACGCCUGCAUUGCCAGCAAGAGACCCACCUGAGCACCCCCAAGUGCCUCCCUUGACCUGGGUGGGUGGGCAAAGUCACCCUGUGUUCGCCUAGUAAAGACUGGUCCCCGCUUCCA